AUGGUUCAGGAAAAAGGGCAAGGUUUUUGCUGGGAUGGGGUCGUCCUUGAAAUAACCACUCCUGGGGAACAGGUAAGCCCUGCGCCCCUCUCUGCGCCCCGCUUACAGCAGCCAGCGGGGGGCUGGGGAGGCCAGGACUCGGCGACGGCUCAGGCGGGUGCUGUGGUGGCAGACUGCCUCCUCUCUGAAAUCCAGAGCGACGAACCCCUGCGACGCAACUGUGCCAUCUAUCGGCCCUGGUAUUCCCCCUACAGCUACUUCGUGCACAUGGACAAAAACAGCCCGAUGGAUUCCUGCAGCUCCCUUGGCACGGUCAGCCGCAGAGACAUCCCAGAAGACACCGGCCAAGCUGAACAGGCUGCCGAGAGUAUCUCUUCCUCCUCUGGCUCCCUAAAGCACGCUCACCCCCGGGAAAAUGGCAGCAGGAAGGGCAGGCUUGCUCCUGGGACCAAGGAGUCCAUUACGUCCCAGGACAUCCUGCUGGCUUCCAGGUGGCAGCCCCUGCCGCAGAACGGCUACAAAUGCAUGGCCUGCUGCCGCAUGUUCCCGACUCUGCACUUGCUCAAGACCCACAUCAAGUGCGGGCUAAAGGAAGGAUUCAGCUGCAAGGUCUACUACCAGAAGCUCAAAGCCCUCUGGGAAAAGGAACACGAGUGUCAGUUCAGUAAGUGCCCGGUGGGUGGUGGCAGUCACAGCUCCAGAAAGCGUAAAUAG